UUUUUCAAACGGUGAAGAUAUUUGAGCAAUCAAGAUUUGUUUCGUCACAGAUUCUGAAACUAAACUAAGUUUCAGUUGACCACACAGACACGUGAUCAUGUCUUCACCAAUUUCAAUUCACUGUUUCACGCUCUCAAAACCCUGUGUCUGCUCAUUUUCUUCUUUACGUUCAUGCUCCAAACCUACUAAAUUUCAUCUUUCCAGGUGGCCUCUGCACCUGGGUUUCUCUCCAUUUUCGCCAUGGACUGGCCUUAAGCAUCUGGGUAUCUCUUUCUCCCCACCAAAGACCCUGAACUUAGGGAAGAAUAGAAUGUUUAAAGGAAGAGGCGUUCAUGCUUCGUUGUUUGGUGUUGGAGCUCCUGAGGCUCUGGUUAUUGGGGUUGUAGCUUUGUUGGUUUUUGGUCCCAAAGGUCUCGCUGAGGUUGCUCGGAAUUUGGGGAAAACUCUGCGUGCAUUUCAACCUACCAUUAAAGAACUUCAGGAAGUGUCCAGGGAAUUCAAGAGUACCCUUGAGCGUGAGAUUGGACUUGAUGAGGUUUCAGGCUCAAUGCAAAACUUACACAACUCCAACAGUGUCAACACUGUCUCAACUCCUCCGGCACCCAUUGCCAACACUGAUGAUCCGAAGACUGUUGUUGACCCAAAUGGUUCUCCACCUGAAAAGGCAGCAUACACCAGUGAAGAGUACUUAAAAAUCACGGAAGAGCAGCUAAAGGCAGUAUCUGCAGCCCAACAACAGUUGCAGCCACCUCAGGGUAAAACCUCACCUGAACCGCAAAAUCAGCCUCAAGCUACUGUUAAAGAAACUGCUGAUACAAUGCCACCACAAAAGCCUGAGAUAUAGACAUGCGGCAUCUUGAAUUGAAGGAGAUGAAUACAAAAGAAUUUUCUAGUGACCAGUCCAUCCUUGGAAGCUCUAAAGUUAGUAAAUUGGUAAAUGGAAAGAAACAUAUACUUUUUCUGAUUUCUGGCCCCCCGCCUUUUUUGUAUUUUAUAUUAUUUUCAUUUUUCAGUUUCUUGUAGAUGCAUAUAGCGUAGUCCUUCGGUAUUUUGUGUUAACCAGCAAGUUCAGGUUGUUUUUGGAUUCACUUGGGAGGUGAUUUAGUUCGAAGUAUCAAAUAUUGGAGAGGGAUGUUACAUCCAGAGAUACAUUCUAUUUCUUUUCUAGAGGAAUGCAUUUUCCUUAUUUUAA